AUGGCGGCCAGCGGGAGCAUAUUCCAGUGCCUCCUGCGCACAAACGCUGCCUCUACUCCCCGCCGCCAAUUCACCACCUCGUCCACACGCCGACAGACUCAACAACCCGGCGAUGAUCCCAACUUUACUUCCAUCCUCGAUAACCCUCCCGAGCUUGUGCGGACCGGCAGGAGACAUGGCAAGGGGUUGAUUAUUCUGGCCAUCAUCCCCAUCACCGCCCUCUUCCUCGGAACCUGGCAAGUCUACCGACUAAAAUGGAAGACGGACCUGAUUGCAAAAUGCGAAGACCGCAUCAUCCGGGACCCUCUCCCCCUUCCCCCCCGCGUGGACCCGGCCGCCAUCGCCGACUUCGACUACCGCCGCGUCUAUGCCGAGGGCGUCUACCGACACGACCAAGAGAUGCUGAUCGGCCCGCGCAUGCGCGAUGGCGAACAAGGGUACAUGGUUGUUACGCCCCUGGAGAGGGGAGAUGAUCCGAGCUCCAAGGUGCUGGUCAACAGGGGGUGGGUGAGCAAGAAGUUUGCGGACCAAAGGAGCAGGCCGGAUUCCGUCAAGCAGGGCGAAAAGGUUCGUGUGGAGGGCAUGCUGAGAGAGCCGUGGAAGAAGAACAUGUUCACGCCGGACAAUAGGCCGGAUAUUGGCGAGUUCUAUUUCCCGGAUGUGAAGCAGAUGGCCGAGUUGACGGGCAGUCAGCCGGUGUGGAUUGAGCAGACUAUUGUUCCCGAUAUUAUCACCGUCUACGACUACGAGGCUCGUGGUAUCCCUAUCGGUAGAGUCGCCGAGGUCAACCUUCGCAACAACCAUGCGCAGUACAUCUUUACUUGGUACGGUCUCGCUGCUGCCACCUCCAUCAUGUUCUGGCUCGUGGUCAAGAAGCCUGCGAACCAGAUUACCAAGCGCGUUCGCAUGAACAAGAGCUGGUAA